AUGGCCACCAGUGAGGCGGACCCCGACACAGCUUUAGGCGACACCAGCGCAUGCUCCUUGGAUGUGGCAGCGGACCUAGCCGAGGCCGGCGAUUUCCAGGGGGCCAUCCCCAUGCUGAGGGCUGCCACGCACAAUCCCCACCCUGCCAAGGCCUGGGAGAUGCUCUCCCAGUGCCUGACGGCCGUGGACGACCACAUCGCGGCCCUGGACGCCGCGACCUCGGCCGUGGCGGCGGACCCCGGUUGGCACGUUACCCUCCGCACCCUGGGCCGGUGCCGGCUGAACCUGGGCGACCUGGAGGGGGCAGCCGCCGCGCUUUCCGCGGCAUGUCGGGGCGCCGGGCCCAGCGGCGACGAGGAGAGCAGGGCCGACCUGGAGCACGUGGGCCGCCUGCUGCAGCGCAGAGUGGGCCACGCCAUUGGCAUCCCAGGCCUCGUGCUCGCGAAUACAGCUGGGGAAGGGCCGUCCGGCCUCGUCUGGGACGCGGGGCGGGUGCUGGCCGCCUGGCUCGUGCAGGCCUACGCCCCUUGGCAUGUCACCCUGCUGGAGCUGGGGUCCGGGACAGGGGUGGUGGGCCUGUCGGCCGCAUGCCUCGGCGCCCGCGUGACGCUAACGGACCUCCCCGAGGCGGCCGCCGCCCUGCGCGCCAAUGCAGCCGCCAACAGGGCGCUGGUCGAGCGCGGGGGCGGCAGCGUGGCGGUACGGCCCCUGGCCUGGCAGGAGGCAGAGGGCUCUGCUGUGGCUGCGGAAGGCUACGACCUGGUCCUGGGGGCGGACCUUGUGUACAACGACGCCGGACUUGGGGCUCUCGAGGCGGCGCUGAGGGCGCUGUUCUGCGGCGGGCCGCGGGAGCGCCGCCCGAGCGCCUUCCUGUACGCUCACAAAGCGCGGCAUCCUGGCCUGGAUGCCGGGCUGGUGCGCAUGCUGGACGGGGUGGGGCUGUGGCACGAGGUCCUGGCGCGGCAGCCCCAGGACAAGGUCACCAUCUACCUGUGCACCGAAUGUGCCGUCGUGGACGAUGCGAGCUUGGAGGGCGCGACGAGACUCGGAUGCCUUUUAUUUCAGCGCUCCAAGCGUACUGUGUCCCCGUUGAGGGCCAGCUGA